CUAGGGACAACAUGUGAGACCAAAAGUUUGCUAGGAAUGAACGUUGCUUCAAAUUGUCGUCAAGCUGUCCUCGUCACUUCUUUGACGUUCUUUCUGUGUUGCACAUUUGCAAUAUAGACAAACAAUUGCCUUGCAGCUCGUUUUCAGGACUCAUUACCUCACUUGGUCGAUGCCAUCUUCUCAGUUGAAAUAGUUUAAGGAAAACACGUGUCUACUUAUCUGAACAACCCCCAAUGUUUUCUCAAUAGAUCACUCAAAGUCCCAUCAUGGCACGAACCCGAGCCUGCAAAGCGCGUCCUAGACCCCCCUCUCGCAACACCAUCACCAGAGUGACUUCGGGACGUGGGUCUACAGUCGAGUCACUGCGUGCAUCGACAAUAUCCGUGGAAUAUGACAAGGGUAAGAGAGAUGACUUGCGCAACAUCGACGUAGAAGACAUCAACGUGAAAAUCAAGCAAGAAGAGGAAGACACAACAGAGACAAACGAUACAAGGAUAUCACCAAAGAGAGGAGCUCAGGAAAUGACACCGAAGUUUUCUAUAGCGAAGAAACAUAAAUUCUCUGCACCUGCUUCCGCCACUCGUCUCACGCGGUCCAAGACUUUGCCUGAUAGGAACGAAGCGAGUCGUACCCAGUCUGACAGUGAGUCAGAGAGUUCAGAGAGUGACAUCGAAACACGAUUACACACAAAGCUACGCUCUAUCAACUCGCCUCUUCACCUUCUACGCCCGUACAUGGCCUUCCAACUCUCUGUCUCUGGUCUUUCGGGCAAAGCAUACAACGCCGCACAAGCAUCGAUGAAGUCAGUCCUCGACGUAGCAGAAAGCUUUGAGAAGCAAUGUGGUGGGACAGUCACAAGGGCGCACGAAAGCCUUAGCAGUAGGAGCGGCGAUGAGUGUGAGGGGCGACAGCCUCAGACCAGACGAAAGCAUGGAGAAGGGAGACAGGUGUGCAAAGGCGCGAGGCUAGGAACAAAGAAGGACGACGACGUGUUACCGAGAAAACAGCAGGAACUGAAUGAACAAACGAGGAAGAGACUUGCACAAGAGCGAAAGCGAAGGGGAGGGGCAAGAUGGUAUCCGAGUGAAGAUGGUUACUCAUCCACUGGUUCCGGGUCCAUCUCGUCUUCCACCACCACCUCCGAAAUCGCAACAGAAAUAGCCAGCGACACCGAAGACGAAGCCAAAUACCCCCCGGUGAAGCAACCCUCUGUAUCGAGCACAACCUCAAUCUACGACUCACUCUGCGCAUCGACGACGGAUUUUGACCAGACCAGCUCGGAAGGCGAUGAGAGUGAUGUGAUUGAACGCCGCGACAAAAACGCACUGCGACGGCAAAAAGCGAGGCAGAAGAAGCGGAAUGCGUGGAAGAGGGAACAACUAGAAUCGGAGAGUGAAGUAGAAACGGGGGUGGGUGUUAUUGAGGAGACGGAAGAAGAGAAGACACCCAUGUUGACGGAAAUUGACUGUGGGAGGGAAGUCAUGGUAGAUUUCUGUCCCGUCGCAUGGUGA